CACACACAAAAGAGCGCAACAAAACUGAAACUGUACACGGAGCACACAAAUACACACACAAACUAAAUAAAUAUGGAAGUCACUAUAUGAUGUUCUAAAAUAAUGUAUUAUACGAAAAUGGGGUGGAAGUUUUAUCGUCUUUCCAGUGACUUAUUUUUGAUGUUUGUUCGUUUAACAUUUUUAGUCGAGUUUGUUUACUGAUUCUUACCCUUGAAAGCUUUGUUAAAAACACCGAUUCGUUAACUAAUAGUCAUGUGGGGCUUAAAGUAAACAGUGCAGUGUCACUUAUCAAAGUCCAACUCUAGAUUUUCUGGACGACUGCAAAAAUGUUGCAGGUACAUCAAGGUGUUGAGCUGGAAACGCCUCCCUCAGGACUGGAGAGAGAGUUUCACACUCUAUUUAACUCUGAUGCUGUGCAAUUUCUGUCUGAGCUCAUCUCUACCUUCCAACCAGAGGUUGACAAGGUUUUGAAUUUGCGAGUCCUUCGGAAAGUUCAGUUGGAUCUGACUGGAGAGUUGCCAGGUUUUCUAAAGGACACAGCUCACAUCCGAAAUGAUCCCAGCUGGAAAGUGAGCCCAGUUCCAUCCCGAUUACACUGCAGACAUGUGGACGUUGGUGACCUUUCACCCUGUGAUACACAACGUCUUAUAAUGGGACUCAAAUCUACUGCCCAAGGGUUACAGAUUGAUUUUGAUGAUGGCAACUGCCCAACAUAUCGCAAUCAAAUAAAGGGCAUUUAUAAUGUUUAUCAGGCUGUGCACAACCAGUUUCACAAUGUACCACACAUUUCUCAAGCUCCAAUACUGAUGCUCCGUCCUCGUGCAUGGAACAUGGUGGAGCACAACAUGAUGGUGAAUGGUCGAGAGGUUCCAGGUCCACUGUUUGAUUUUGGUCUGCUUAUGUUUCAUAAUGCAAAACUACUUCUUCAAAACCAGAGUGGCCCUUUUUUCUACUUAUCCAAGGUUGAGAGCUACAUGGAGGCCAGACUCUGGAGUCAGAUUUUUUUCUGGACUGAGAAGAAGCUCAGCAUGCCAACGGGCUGCAUAAAGGCCACUGUGUUGAUCGAGUGUGUCCUGGCAUCGUUUGAGAUGGAGGAGAUUUUGUACGAGCUCAAGGAGCACUCUGCUGGUCUAAACUGUGGCAUUUGGGAUUACUCAGCUUCCUUUGUCAACAAAUUCGGUCAUCGGACUGAUUUCCUCCUCCCUGAUCGCAGUAAGUAUGUGGAUAUGGAGAAGCGAUUCCUUCACAGUUACAUGGAUCUUCUAGUGCAGACGUGUCACCGCAGGGGUGCCCUAGCAACAGGUGGUAUGGCAGCAUUGCUGUUGCCUAGAGACAAAGAGAGUGACCUCUACAAGACUGUACUCAGUACUGCAACCAGACUUAAAUUACUGGAGAUCAAGGCCGGAGUUGAUGGAUUCAUGGUCUACGACAUGGACCUGAUUGAACCCAUGCAAAAACUGUUCAAGCUUCACUCUCAUGGUCAGAACCAACUCAUGCAGCUGCGUGAAGAUAUCACUGUGACCGCUGAAGACUUGCUCAUUAUGCCUGCGGGAGGAGUAACACUGUACGGACUGAGGUAUAACAUUGCUGUAGGAGUCCUCUUCAUUGAAGCCUGGCUUUCAGGCAGAGGUCAUUUCUUCUAUCUGGGAAAGGUUGAGGAUUCAGCAACAGCAGAGAUAUCCAGAUCUCAGGUUUGGCAGUGGAUUCGGCACCAAGUGAGACUGGAGGAUGAUGGGACGGUAGUGACCCGAGCUCUUGUCAGCAGUUUGGCUGAAGAUCUGAUGGAGGAUCUAAAAUUAGCCAUACAUUGCCAAACAAGCAGUGACCAACAGAGGUUGAUGACUGCUGUGGCCAUGUUUCUAGAAAUAGUGCAAAAGAAUGAUUUCCCAGAGUUCCUCACCACAUACCUUAACCUGGACCACACUUUUCUCAGCUCUCAGAGCCAACAUGAGAACGGGCAGACAGAUACGGUGCCCAAAGCCAGACUCUAACAAGUCUAAAUUACUUCUACGUCUCAAGCUAAAUAAUACAUCCAUGAAUGCUUGCGAAGUACUAAUUCUCCAUACCUAGAUUUUAAAUCAUUAAAAAAAUAAUGAGGAUGGGUUAUAAUGGAGCCUAAACAAAAAGUAUAGAAAAAAUUAAUUAUUUUUACAUAAAGCACUGUGGUUCUCAACCAGUAGAAAUCAAAAUGAUCUAAAAUGAUGUAAAACCAAAACAACAAUCAAUCAAUAAAUGUCUUUUAAUUCACCCUCUCAACAACUAUUUGGAAAAACCUGGUUAUAUGAAGUGUAAUUAAAAGAUAUUUGUGACCCUGAACCACAAAACCAGUCUUACAGGUAUGUUUGUAGCAAUAGCCAAAAAUACCCUAUAUGGGUCAAAAUUAUCCAUUUUUCUUUUAUGACAAAAAUCAUUAUGAUAUUAAGUAAAGAUCAUGUUCCAUGAAGAUAUUUUGUACAUUUCUUACCGUAAAUAUAUCAAAACUAAAUUUUUGAUUAGUAAUAUGCCUGGCUAAGAACUUAAUUUGGACAACUUUAAAAGCAAUUUUCUCAAUAUUUUUUUUUUUUUUUUU